CGGAAGCGGAAGUGCGGGGCUCCAUUGGUUUCCCCGGUGCUGGCAUUUUUUUUUGUUCCCCCCCCACCUCUCCCUCCCCAAGUCCCCUCGUGAUGCUUUCUCUGGAUUUCUUAGACGAUGUUCGGCGGAUGAAUAAGCGGCAGCUGUAUUACCAGGUGCUGAACUUUGGGAUGAUCGUUUCCUCAGCGCUGAUGAUCUGGAAGGGGCUGAUGGUGGCAACGGGCAGUGAAAGCCCCAUCGUGGUCGUGCUUAGCGGCAGUAUGGAGCCUGCAUUUCACAGAGGAGAUCUCCUGUUCUUAACCAAUCGUAUCGAGGAGCCAAUCAGAGUGGGCGAAAUCGUGGUCUUUAGGAUAGAAGGAAGAGAAAUUCCAAUAGUGCAUCGGGUUUUGAAAAUUCAUGAAAAACAAAACGGAGACAUCAAGUUCUUGACGAAGGGUGACAAUAAUGCUGUUGAUGACAGAGGCUUGUACAAGCAAGGCCAGCACUGGCUGGAGAAGAAAGACGUGGUGGGGCGAGCAAGAGGAUUUGUGCCAUACAUUGGAAUAGUGACCAUCCUUAUGAACGAUUACCCAAAAUUUAAGUACACUGUCCUCUUUCUACUGGGCUUGUUUGUGCUGGUGCAUCGAGAGUAGCCUGCCACCCAGGGAGGCCAGCUGGAGAUGCCAUUUGCUCUUGAGUAGACAGUGAGGUGUGAUGUAUGUACAUUUCACUGCUUCUUAACCAAGUUCAGUUUGGCUUUUGUUUUUGUUUUUCAACAGCCGUGUAACAGGAGAGUCGAUCCCAGUAUUUUGAACAGUUUGUCACAUUUUAGCAUUUUUGUACAUCAGUGAAUUUUUAUAUUAAAAGAUUUAAGCCAAA